AUGUUGGGGCAUAAACAUUUAUUGGGGCAAGCUCACCNACCCCUUCACCAGCAGCAACCAUCCCUUCACCAGCAGCAACCUCCUCUUCACCAGCAGCAGCAACCGCCCCUCCACCAGCAGCAACCACCUCUUCACCAGCAGCAACCACCCCUCCACCAGCAGCAACCACCUCUUCACCAGCAGCAGCAACCACCCCUCCACCAGCAGCAACCACCCCUUCACCAGCCGCAACCCCACCACCAUCACCACCAAAGCCAGCAAGGUCACUCGAGCUACAACCAAACUCCACCACGGUACCCGCAACCACACCAGCAGCAGUACCACGACGCCCCACCACCUGGCCACCACUACCCACAACCACAGUACAGCCCGCUACCAUCUUCUCUACCACACCACAACCAGGCAUCACCAAAGUCACCACAAAUGAUGACCCAGCACCACCACCACCACCAUAUGCCACCACUCCACCAACCCAUGCAACCACAAGCCCCUCAACCACGGCACCACAUGGCUAGUUCUGUGAUGGGGCAUACAGCACAACCAUCUCAACCACUGCAACAAAUGCAACCAUCUCAGCCCAUGCAACCACAACAACCACCACAACACAUGCAACAACCACAACCAAUGCAACCAUCUCAACCACCACAGCACAUGCAACCAUCACAACCAAUGCAACCAUCUCAACCCAUGCAAACACUGCAACCACCACAACCAAUUCACUCAUCUCAACCUAUGCAACAACAGCAACCAUCUCAACCCAUGCCGCAACCUCAACCUAUGCAGCAGCAACCAAUGCAACCACUACAACCCAUGCAACCACAACCCAUACCGACACAGUUCACACCACCAGCACCACACUACCAAACCCCACAACCACACUCGGUGGUGCACUGUGGUUACCAGGACAACCCUGGUGCUGUUGCACCACAACCACAAUGGCAGCCACCACAACCCACCACCUGCCCUCCAGACCGCCCACUCAACCCACUCAAACGCUACAACCCAACCACUGCUUAUGAAACAACCACACCUAACAUACCUAAUACCGUCACCAACCACACCACUACCACCACACCACCUGCUGCGUCACUACCUGGUGGUGUUAGUGACACCACCACCACCACCGCCACCCAUGCAUCAACCACAACCCAUUCCUCCACAACCACAACCAGCGGUGUUGGUGACAAUAACAAUGAAGUAUUGUCUGAUGAUGAGUCAACCAAUGUCACCACCCAACCCACAACCACGGACACCAUCACCACUACCACCACGGACCCUCCUGAAGAGGACCCCGCCCCCCCAGACCACCAGCCAGAGCCCAGCAGCGCCCCCCCAGACCCCAGCAGCGCCCCCUGCAAGGAGAAGACCCCCAUGUGCCUGGUCAACGAACUAGCGCGCUACAACAAGGUGGGGGCUAGUGGCCGCCACUAG